GGCAGUUUUACAAAACGCUGCAUUUUUAUCUCGGUUUCCCCGGCUGGACCGUUACACCUCGAACCGUUUCUGCCAGCUGUUUCCACUCCUGAUCCACGUUUCUCGACAUGGCCUAAACGAUCAUGAUUUCAAUUGGGGCUGGCGUAAACGAAAUAAUUCACUAUCUACGGUAGUCACUGUCGAGUCUAUAUUCCUCAGAAAGCUGUCACAAUUGGUUCCGCUGGGGUGUCGUGUCAGGACAUCCUCAACUUUGCGCUACGAUCCUUCCCUAAAUUCCGUCGCAAUCAUCCAGACGCCCUAGACAGCCUGGAAAAUGGCCCAAAACUUCGAGAAAUCGGUAAAAGGGGCUACCAAGGUCAAGCUUGCGGCCCCCAAAUCCAAAUACAUCGAGCACAUCCUGGUGGCUACGCAUACGGGCGAAGCUGGAGUGGCAGAGAUAUUCCGGACACUGCACCUUCGGGUUCGCGAUUCGACAUGGACAAUCGCUUUCAAGGCUCUCAUCGUGAUCCACUUCAUGAUCAGGGAGGGCCAGCUGGACGCAACGCUGCAGUAUAUGGCGGAGAAUCCGAGGAAAAUCGCUGUCCACGGGCUAUCAGAGGUCCAACCGCAAGGCCGCAAUAUUCGACGAUACGCCCAGUACCUCCUCGCUCGCGCAAAAGCAUUUGAGCAGACCAAGACCGAUUAUGUACGGAGCGGCCAGGGCCGCAUGAAGCGUCUUACAGUCGACAAGGGCCUACUACGAGAGACAGAAAUUGUACAGAAGCAGAUCAAGGAGCUCCUGCGAUGCGAUUAUCAGCUCUUAACCGAUGAAGUCGAGAACGAAAUCAGCCUGACGGCAUUCCGUCUUCUUACUCUGGACCUUUUGACUUUAUACUCCGUCAUGAACGAGGGCACAAUAAACGUUCUAGAACACUAUUUUGAAAUGUCGCGCCCUGAUAGUGAGCGCGCGCUGGAGAUUUACAAGACCUUCACCGCGCAAACUGAGGAAGUUGUCAAGUUUUUGGGAGUUGCUCGACAUUUCGAGUCGGCCACAAGGCUAGAGAUUCCCAAGUUAAAGCACGCUUCCACCGAUCUCACACGUCUCCUCGAGGACGACCUGAACGAUCCGGAUUUCAACCAGCGCCGCAGAGAGUAUCUUGCUCGGAAAGGAAAAAGUGUAAGUAGCAGUGCUUUCGCAGCAGCCUCGACCACGGGUGAUAAGCCCGCUUCCAACUCAAAUCCUACGCCUCCUCGACCCAAGACGGAGCCUAGCCCUCAGACAAAGGCAGCCCCAUCAAACCUUAUAGACUUCUUUGACUCGAUUGAGCCGGCCCAGCCAGCUCAGUUCCAGCAGCAGCCGCAGCAACAGGGCAUGCAAUUCCAGCAGACCGGCGGCUUCCCUGGACAAGAGCCUGCUUUCUACCCACAACAGACAGGAUUCCAGCAGCCUCAACCCACGGGAUUGAACCAGCAGGCGCCAUUUGGAGGCCCGUUUGCCCCGCAAACCACCAACCAGUUUGGCCAGCAACAAGUGCCUGCUCCCCUUCAAGCAACCCCGACCGGUGCCGGAUUCGGUGGCUACACACCGCAACCCCAGGCUCAAGGGUUCCAGUCGCAGCUUCCCCCGAUCCCGCAGAACAAUGUCGCUGCAUUCCCCCAGCAGCAACAGUCACCCGCCACUCUCCAACCGCAGACGACCAAUCCUUUUAGGCAGUCCAUGUUAAUGAGCACGCCGACGGGGUCAGCUGUGCCGCCAUCCCCACUGAACCGCCAGAGCACAAACCCGUUCGCGAAACGGCUAUCAACAGCGAACCCGUCGUUUCCCCAGAGUCAGCCGUCUCAACAGCCCCAGCAGCCAGCAGCUCUCCAACCCCAGCGGACGGGCACGAACCCUUUCGCUCGAAGUUCGUCUGUCCCACCGCAACAGUCACAAAGCCUGCAUCCUUCUGCCGCACCUCUUCGGCCUACACCCACAGGAAGCACAAAUCCGUUCCGACAAAGCACACUUGUGCAACAGGGCCAGGGGUGGCAGACGACCAACGGGCAACAAGGCACCAUGGGCGGGCUGGAGCAGCUGGAAACGAUCUCCGUGUUCCCACGACCGGGAUACUCGUGA